AUGGCCAAAUCCAAACCUCCCGGUCGACCUGCCUCUUCAUCUGUUUUUGGAGAUGAGUUCCGCUCCAAGCGUGAUAAGCGGCAGAUCAAGCAUGCGACCUUUCUAUCAAAGAUUGCCAAAAGCUCGGCCAAACCCCCGAAACGUCGUCGAGCGUCGAAGAAACUAGUUGCCAAUUUGGAAUCUCUCGCAGAUGCCCUGCCGGACGCCGCCGAGGACUCUCAUAAUGCCCCCAGUCAAGUCAAUAUCAUCAAACAAACCACCCUCCGCCAUAAACCCGGAGCCAUGAAGCGCCGCGAAAAAGUCGAGAAGGUGGAACGAGAGCGGUUCGCGAAGAACAUGGCUCAGAUGUCUAGUCUCCAGUCAAGUGCAGGUGCGACGGGUGAAAGCGCGGCUUUGAAUCCAACCGGGAACCGAUGGUCAGCGCUGAGAAACUUCAUCUCUCAGACGAUGGAACAACAACCGGUGUUCCAAACGACAAAAUAA